GCAAGCUCCAGGCAACUAAUUCUUUCCUUGGCCGUCCCUCUUCUUCUCCUCGCGCUCCCUCCAGACUCGCUCUCCUUUCUCGUUUUUGAUCCUGUCAGGGUUCCGUCUCUUCCCUGCCACCCCCCCGUGCUUCGUGCUCUCCCCCGUCCAGGAGCUAGCGCUUUGGCCAUCCAUGCCCGUGGCAUCUUCUCGAUAGAAUCGACUACCACCCCCCCGUGCUUUUCGAAAAUAAAAUAUUACGGGCAAGAAAACCAUACCUGGAAGGAGGGGAGGAGGAUUGCUCCCUCAGAGCUAUCAUUAUGGCUGACAGUGCACGACAUCCCAACCUCAAUUUGACACCGGAGGAGAAACGGGUCUUUUACCAACUGUUUCAGGCUGCCGAUACGACAAACCUAGGCGUUAUCACCGGCGAGGUCGCCGUUCCGUUCUUUGAAAAGACUCAGCUGGCCCCGGAAACUCUCGGUUUGAUAUGGCAGAUUGCGGACCGGGAGAACAGGGGUCUCUUGACACCCUCGGGCUUUGGAGUUGUGCUGCGGUUGAUCGGACAUGCUCAAGCUGGUCGCGCACCGACGGAUGAAUUGGCCCUACAACCCGCCCCUAUACCUAGGUUCGAUGGCAUCGUAGUCGACCCUGCCGCCCCUGCCCCUGCCCCGGCGCGUGAAGCGGGUGCAACUAGCCCACCUCCUGCCCCUGGAACGCCAAUUCGAGUUCCCCCGCUGAACCCGGAAGAUGUCAAUAAGUUUCUCUCGCUGUUCGAGAAAUCGGAUGUGUCUCGGACUGGAGUCAUGCCAGGCGAGGCUGCAAAGCAGAUUUUCGAACGCGCAAGACUUCCGAAUGAUAUCCUCGGUAGAAUAUGGAACCUGGCCGACGUCAACCAACGGGGUGCCCUCGACGCGACCGAGUUCAUCAUCGCGAUGCAUCUUUUGACCUCCUACAAGGCGGGCUCGAUGAGAGGCAUUCCCCAGACUCUUCCACCGGGUCUGUAUGAUGCUGCCGCCCGACGGGGCUCUACACGAUCAUCCAUCGGCUCGCGGCCUGGCCUUGACGUCCCCCCGGUGCCGGCGAUUCCGAAACAGUUUACUGGUCCCCAGCGUACCCAGAGCCCUAUCAACCGGCAACAAUUCGGCUCUCCCCUUUCGGCCCAGUCGACUGGCGGCGACUGGCUGAUCACCCCUCAGGAGAAGGUCCACUUCGACGGCGUUUUUGCGACCAUCGACGCGGCAAAGAUUGGCAUGAUCAGUGGUGACCAGGCUGUCGGAUUCUUCAUCAAGGCACAGCUGCCCGAGGAGACGCUCGCUCAAAUCUGGGAUCUUGCUGAUAUCGAUGCUGAUGGACAAUUGACGAAAGACGAGUUUGCGGUGGCCAUGUACCUUGUCCGACAGCAGCGUACUGGAAAGGAACCGCUUCCACAGGCCCUGCCCCCGGCCCUCAUUCCGCCCAGCAUGCGCCGCCCGAGCUCGGGGUACGUUGCUCCCGCCGCUGCUCCCGCUCCCGCUCCCGCUCCCGCGCAGGCCCCGGCGCCCGCCCCGCCCCGCUCGGCUGCGGACGACCUCUUUGGCCUGGAUUCACUGUCGGCUCCCGCCCCUCCCGCAGCUGCUCCCCAGAUUCCGCAGUCCACGGGGGGUUCAAACGUGCCAUUCCCAGUUCCGGCGUCGCCAACCUCCCGAGCGUCCCCGCCGAGUGCCUCAACCACGUUCAAGCCCUUUGUUCCCACGUCUUCGUUCGGACAAAGUAUCCAGCCCCAGAUGACGGGCGCUUCCGCCGGUGCUCCGCCUCCGGUUCGAUCGCCUCCGCCGCCAUCCGACGAUCUUCUUGGAGACAAUGACCCCGAGGAAUCCAGCAAACUGACGCAGGAGACCACGGAACUGGCCAAUCUGUCCAACCAAAUCGGCUCGUUGGCCAAUGAGAUGCAGAAUGUGCAAACAAAGCGCACGGUUGCCGAGCAGGAUCUUUCGCAGACGUCUCAACAGAAACGCGAUUUUGAGACUCGACUGGCGCAGGCUCGGACGAUGUAUGAGCAGGAAGUGAAGAACUUCAAGGCUCUUGAAGAGCGACUGAACGCAUCUAGGGCCGAGACCAACAAACUACAGCAGGAAUUCGCAAUGAUUGACGGAAGUAGACAGGACUUGCAAAACCAGUAUGACCAGGUUUCCGCUGCGUUGACUGCCGACCAGCAGGAGAAUGCCAGCCUCAAGGAGAAGAUUCGUCAAGCCAAUGCCAUAGUCGCACAGCUGAAACCCGCACUGGAGAAGGCCCGCUCUGAAGCGCGGCAGCAGAAGGGCCUAGCCGCAAUCAACAAAAAGCAGCUUUCCACUGUGGAGGGUGAGCAAACCAAGAUCCAAGAAGAGAUUGAUGGCCUCUCCAAGGAGCAACCGCAGGAGCCAGAGGAGCAGCAUGAAGCUCCAGUGAGCGCUCCUGCCGCCGUCGCCAGUCCAGCCGCUUCUACGGCUAGCCAGAACACGAAUCCCUUCUUCAAGCGUACGGCAACGGGUUCUAGCGAGGGCCAUUCGCUGUCGCCUCAGAUUUCUAAUGACCAGCAACGGGCGUUUGACAGCCUCUUUGGCCCGUCGUUUACUGCCCAGUCCCCGUCCAACUCGGCCACUCCACCUCCUCCAACUUCAUUCCGUGCGGAUUCGCAGCCCACCUCGGUCAGGUCUACGUCUGGGGCCCCGACUCCGUCCGUCUCUCCUCCCCCCUCCGCCGCAGGGGCCUUUUCGGAGCCCCCGGCCCCGGCCCAGUCCAGGCAGCUUACCCCCAGCGGCCUUCCAUUUGGGGACUCGCAGUCAGCCACGUCUUCUACCAUGGUGUCUCCCCCGGCUAGUAGGUUUGGUGGGCCGGACGCCUCUAGCAUAGGCGCUGGCUCACAAGCUGAUACAAGCGAUUCCGGGCCCACUUCGGGUGAAGCUGGGCCUACUUCAGCCCCAACCUUCGACGAGACCGAGGAAUCCAAAUCGAAAUUCCCCGAAGUUCCUAGUCUCGGCGAACAGCCCGUAGGAGGCGCUGCUUCACCCACCAACGAUUCCAACCAGCCUGGUGAGAACGACCCAAGUUUCGACGAGCUAUUCGGUGGCCCAGCACACCAACGAUCGAGGUCUCAGAAAGAAAAUGAUUUUGAAGAAGCGUUCGCGUCCAUGAGACAAGGCAGUGGCCCAGCCAAGACUAAUGGUGCUGCUGAAUCCGAAUUCCCGCCCAUUCACGAGAUCGAUGACGACGACGACGACGAUAGCACCGACAGCGAAUCGCGAAUGGGCUUUGAUGACAACUUCACCCCAUCAUUCCCGCCUCAGAGCCAGGUGGCAACCCAAGCAACCAAGCCCGAGUCCAUCGAGCCCUCUCAGUUGGCGGCUUUCCCGUCGCCAGGCACCGCAAGCAGCCCGGUUCAGCCCCCUGCAGCGGAUUCUCAGACAAGCCCCCCCAAAUACGAGGAAAGCACGAAAGAUGAGCCUGAAUCCGCAGCACCUGAGUUCAAUGGCCUCUUGCCUCACCGGGCGGACCCCACUACUGCUCCGGAUGCCCCUCACUCGGUAGAAACUGGCACAGGGGCACCGAUCAUGGGCGGCGAGCCACAACCCAAGGACGCCGUACCGGCUGCUGACAAGAAGGCCGGUGCGCCGGAUUUUGAGGCCGCUUUUGCCGGUCUCAAUCUCGCGCCCGCCAAGGAGAGCGACGAUGACGAUGAUGACGACUCCGAGACGCCAGGCCAGAAGAACAAUGCUGAUUUCGACUUCUCGUUUGAUACCCCAUCCCAACAGAAACCCACUUCUCCUGGCGUCGGCGUCGGUCCCGCAAACCCCGCCUCUUCAGAUUUCUUCAAUUUCGACCCCCAGGCUACCUCGUCCCCUGGUGACGCCGCCGCUCCUUCGACCAGCCCUAAUGCCGGGGCAAACGCUCAGUCCCACGACUGGGAAGCCCUCUUUGCACCUCUGGAUAACGUUUCCACCCCCGGGGCUGGUGCCAACGGCGCCAAAUCGGGCUCCGAUGAAAGCUCCAAACCCCCAGGGUGGGCUCUGCAGACUGGCACCGAGGAUGAUCAGUUCCUCCAACGUUUGACUGGCAUGGGGUUUCCCCGUGAGGAAUCUCUAAUCGCGUUGGAGAAGUUCGAUUACAAUCUUGACAAGGCGGUGGACCACUUGACAUCAAAGUCCUAAUCUAAGGAUCUACCGUGAUGACCCCUUUCCUGUCGUUGUUCUUUCAUUAUCAUUGCACAUAGUUUCUUUUUCUUUUCUUUUCUUAUUUAUUCUACCUUGAGCCUCGCACUCGCUUGACCCCAUUUCCUUUUUCUCAUCAACCCUUCCCCCUUCUUUUAUCUACUAUGUACUCGAUUUGCAUAUCUUUAUUGUUGCCAUGUAUAUUCCCCCCUGGUACUGUUCUCACCUAUCUCUGUCAUUGAUUGACGGACUCUUCCAUGUACUCUACCCCCGACUACGAACCCGGCGACAACGACGGGGAAGACCCCCGAAUGGAAGUACCUGGGAAUUCUCUUACCAGUCAUUUAGUAUCAGGACUAGUUUAUAAUCCACUACCUUAAUCUAUC